CCGCGAUCAGAACCAUACUAGUUUAAGAACGUGUGCGCUGCUCUUUACAUAAUGUGAAACAAUUACCAAAUGGCGUUAAGAUGCAGUUUUUAAGGACGUUCAAAUAAUCCUGGAAUAUCAUUAUAUAGAUGCAUUAUGUAUUCUAUAUAUACUGCGAUUUUUGUGUUAGUCUUUUAAUUUUAAUUUACAUUAAAUUAGAUAAAUUAAUACCGGUUAAAUACACAUUCUGACUUUAUCUAACCUAAUAUUUUCUAGGUAUGUAAUUCUACUUCAUGAAUCAAGUGUUGAUUAUAGCGAUUUCUUAAAUAAUUACAAAUAUAAAUGUCUGGUGAAGACGUAUUAAAAGAUUUUCCCCAAUUUCUACCUGAAAUUGGGGAUGAUCUACGGAGUUAUCUGAUAUGUCCAGACAAAUUACCCAUGCACCAGUUGGAAAACGUGCAAGAAUUUUGGCCACGAACCUGCGAUGUUACAAGAUUAAUGCAUUUUGAUAUCACACAACUAUCAACUACAUUACAAGUACAAAGAGACUAUGAUACUGGUGAGAUUAUAGAUUUUAAAGAGGUACCUAUCCCAAAUGCUGGUGAAAGUUCUAGUAAUUCCAUGGCUUUUACUAGAGCACCUUGUGUAGAAAACAAUUCUGUUCGAGGCAAUCCAAUGAACCUGCCAUUUUGGCCAGGAAGUUUUCCUCAACCACAAUUUAAAACACCAGAAAAUACAAAUGAUGUGCUAAAUGAUGAUUUAUUAAGAGUUGCACCUGGUAUUUCAAGAGGUCUAUUAUUUGAUGAUGAUGGAAACACUGUAAUUGGCUAUGCUACAGAGGAAGAUGCAUCAACAAAAGUCAAUAUUCCAGAAAAUAAAAUUAAUUUAGCUGAAUUAAUUCGCGAAGAAGAGGCUAAAUUAGGUAUCUGGAAAAGUAAUGAUAAUGAAGAUAACAUGCAAAGCACAGAAGAGAACAUUCUAACAUCCGAAAAUCCUGAUGAAGAAUCAAUUUUACCAUCGGAAGAUUUGCAAUUGCCUGUUUUAACAUUAACAACGAAGAGUGAUAAAUCCAUCACCGGCAGUGAAUACGCUGUUUUGGUGGAUUGCAGUAAACCAAUUACAAAUUUCGAGGAAUUAAUACCUGAAAUGGCGCAUCAAUACCCCUUCGAGCUAGACACCUUCCAAAAACAGGCAAUUAUCCAACUCGAAAAACACAAUCACGUAUUCGUGGCCGCGCACACAUCUGCUGGAAAAACCGUUGUCGCAGAAUACGCCAUUGCUCUGUGUGAGAAGCACAUGACCCGAUCAAUUUACACUUCACCGAUCAAAGCGUUAUCCAAUCAAAAGUACCGAGACUUCAAACAGACCUUCAAAGAUGUGGGCCUGAUUACCGGUGACUUUCAAAUCAACCCAACAGCAUCCUGUCUUAUUAUGACAACUGAAAUCCUCCGCAGUAUGUUAUACUGUGGUAGUGAAGUAACACGAGAUAUUGAGUAUGUUAUUUUUGAUGAGGUGCACUAUAUUAACGAUAAAGAACGUGGACAUGUAUGGGAACAAGUGUUGAUUAUGUUACCGGAACGUGUCUGCGUGGUGAUGUUAAGCGCGACUGUUCCUAAUACAAUUGAAUUUGCUGAUUGGUUAGGUCGUACCCAUCAAAGAAAAGUUUAUGUUGUUAGUACUACACAUAGACCAGUACCACUUGCGCAUUAUCUUUACACUGGUACAUCAGGAGUAUCAAAGAAUAAUAGGUUUAAAAUUCUGGAUGAUUCUGGAUGGAAAAGGCAGGGAUACGAGCAGAGUAAAGCUACGAUUGGGACAAGUAACAACACUCAUCGAUUUCAUAUUAAGCAGGAGAAUACCAUGUGGUAUGCUUUGGUAGAUCAUCUGAAGACUUGUGAUUUGUUGCCUGUGGUUGCGUUUACUUUCUCACGAGCGAAAUGUGAUUCAAACGCGCAGAGCUUGAGAAGUUUGGAUUUAACAACACAAAGAGAGAAGUAUGCUAUUUCGCAUUUCUUUGAAGAGUGCAUCAGGAGUUUAAAGGAACCUGACCGUAAUAUACCACAGAUUAUUUUAAUGCGGGAUAUUUUAAAACGAGGUAUUGGAGUUCAUCAUAGUGGAAUUCUUCCUAUUAUCAAGGAGAUUGUUGAGAUGCUGUUUCAGAAUCGUUUAUUAAAGUUGUUAUUUGCCACGGAAACAUUUGCUAUGGGAGUGAAUAUGCCCUCAAGAACAGUUGUUUUCGAUUCAAUUAAAAAACACGACGGACAUGAACGAAGACAACUUCUACCCGCGGAAUAUAUCCAAAUGGCGGGUCGUGCAGGUCGCAGAGGUAAAGACAAGAAAGGAACGGUCAUUAUUUUGUGUAAAGGUGAAUUACCGCCUGCGAGUCAACUUCAGGAGAUGAUGCUUGGCAAACCCAGCCAUUUAACAAGUCAAUUUCGUAUUACUUAUGGCAUGGUGCUGAGUUUGUUAAGAGUUGAAAGUUUAACGGUAGAAGGCAUGAUGUCGCGGAGUUUUCGUGAGGCUGACCACCAGAAAAGUAUGAUUAAGAUGAAAAAGGAACUGGAACGUGUUGAAGAUACAUUGAACAAUGAUUAUUCCAGUGAAUUAAGCGCUUAUUUAGAGCCAUUGGUCGAGUUUUAUCGAAAAGCACGCCGAUAUUUAGAUGCCAGGAAGGACUCAAUUACUGAUAUCAUUUCAAGUGCUAAAGCUUUGAAAGUGUUGGUCCCUGGUAAACUGAUUCUGAUCACUCACAUGAAUCAUAUUAAUAAAUUAGCUUUGAUACUGUCACAAUCAAAACGCAAUCCGAUCACUUUUCGCGUUUUGGUCUUAACAGAUGAUAAUGAUAUGAGUAAUGAUACAACUUGUGAUGAGAAAACAGAAUGUUGGUAUAAAAUGUUGGGACUUUCACGCACAAUUGUAUACUGUCCAAUUGAGAAUCCAAGUCAUGAAGUACUUACAAUAAGUCCAUCGGACAUCUUUUACGUUUGCAACAAAAAAAUCAAAGCAGAAUACGAUUUUGUCCUUAAAGACUAUGACCAGCGACAGAUUCCAAGAUUCAAAGACAAUCCACCUGGAGAUGAUUGCAGGGAAGCCGUGGAAGAAUUGUUUAAGUUAACAACAUCCAUCAAAAACGACUCUAUGCUUGAUUCAUCUCUAGGUUUCAUGGACUACAUUAAAGAUAUGAAUAUUGUAGAGGAAAGUCUGUAUCUGAAAAUAUCACACUUAAAUCAGUUACGCACAGACGUUGAAUCCCAUGUGGAAAAUCUACAGAUUCCGAAUUUUGAGAAUCAGUUUAAUAUUGUAUUCAAAAAGAAGAUUCUAGAAGAUGAACGCGAUUUUCUGAAGCACAUGCUGUCGGAUGCCAGCAUGGCGUUGUAUCCUGAUUAUGAGAACAGAAUUCAAUUAUUGAGACAUUUAAAGUAUGUUGAUGCACAGAAUCGUGUCGAAUUAAAAGGUAGAGUCGCGUGUGAAAUGGGAAUGAAUGAACUGCUCAUCACCGAAUUGGUGUUGAGGAAUAUUCUGACAAAGUUAAAACCUGCUGAGGUUGCUGCAUUAUUAUCGUCGAUGGUUUUCCAAGCAAAAACCAACGCGGAAUUAUCGGAAAACGAAUUUCCAGCGGAAUUACAACAUGGAAUUCAAGAAAUUAAAGACAUUUUCCAAGAAAUUCAACAACUUGAAGCUGAAUAUCAAGUAUAUGGUGAUGAUUUCAAAGAUUUGAAUUUCGGACUGGUGCAUGUGGUCUACGAAUGGGCCUCGGAGAAACCUUUCGCUGAGAUAAUGUCCCUCACGGAUAUUCAAGAAGGUAUUAUUGUGAGGUGUAUUCAACAGUUGAACGAAGUUAUUUGUGAUGUGAAGAACGCGGCGAGGUUGAUUGGUGAUCCAGCGCUUCACAGCAAAAUGGAGGAGGCUUCUACCGCCAUUAAACGCGAUAUUGUUUUUGCUGCUAGUUUAUACACGCAGAGGGACUCCACGGUAAUCUAAUUAAAAAUUAAAACAUUAUUUCAUUUUACAGAAUAGAACAUAAGGUGUAUUAUGAAUUUGCAAACUUAUACCAUAUUAAAAAACAUUUUGUUUUGAUUUUUACAA